AUGAGAUUCUUACGUGGCCUUUUGUUUGUAUUGCCCUCUUGGGGGGUCACUGUUGAACCAAGAGAUGUUCAAGGCGGAUUCUGGCUCGGUAGUUUGGCGCAAGCCGGAAAAUCUCCUCUCGCCCCUUCGGGCUACGAGGUUUUCCGUAGUGUCAAGGAUUUCGGGGCGAUCGGAGACGGUGUGACUGAUGACACUGCUGCUAUCAAUCGCGCUGCAGCAAUGCUCAACAUGUCUAGCACCGACACACGCUGCGAAGCAGACUGCGGCUCGACGACCGUCUUGGCCGCUGUGGUUUAUUUCCCGCCGGGGACCUACCUCGUGUCCAGUCCAAUUAUUCAGUAUUAUCAUACGCAAUUUGUCGGUGAUGCUGUUUCAAAGCCUGUCAUCAAGGGGUCAAACAACUUCGCCGGCAUCGCUCUCAUGGACAGCAACGUCUAUAUCCCCCAGGGAAACGGAAGUCAGUGGUACAUCAAUCAAAGCAACUUUUUGCGACAAAUCCGCAACUUCGUCUUCGAUAUGACUGGGAUGGAACCGCACAACCAGCAGGGUGGUCAGGCCUUUGUCCCGACAGGUAUUCACUGGCAGGUCGGCCAGGCGACCAGUAUCACCAACUGUGACUUCAAAAUGGACGUCGCUGACGGCCAAAGAGCCACCACAAGCGUCGGAAUCAUGAUGGAGAACGGAAGCGGUGGCGUAGUGAGUGAUCUGACUUUUUUCGGCGGAAAUAUUGGCUUCAUUGCGGGAAGCCAGCAGUUCACCGCGAGCAACCUCCAGUUCACGUCAUGCUUGACGGCUAUAAAACAUCUCUGGAACUGGGGCUUCACCUGGAAGAACAUAUAUGUACAAUAUUGCCCCGUCGCUAUUGACUGUACAGAGUAUUCACCGGCCACACAGCAAGGCACCGGAUCCGUUGCUGUUGUGGACUCUUACUUCCACGACGUGACCAACGCCAUCACCAUUUUGCGAAACGGUGACCAACAGCCUAGCAUUGUCCUUGAGAAUCUGCAAGUUCAGAAUUCGCAGUCCGUGGUUCAAGUAAUAGGCGGCACGGGGGAAACAAUCCUGCCUGGCUCUAGCGGUAUGCUCUACUUUGACACGUGGGUUUCUGGCGUUCAGUAUCUCCCCAAUGGGAUCUCGGGCACCAAGAAAAGUGCAUUUAUUACACCGGCGACGAACAAGCCUCAAUCUCUCCUCGACGACUUUGAUCGCUACCUUGUCCGCGCGAAGCCUCAGUACGAAGACGUUGAAGCGGGCAAUAUAGUAGUGGCUACCCACAAUGGUGUCUCCAACGAUGGCACCGGAGAUCAAACGGAUGCCAUCAACGCCAUGUUGUCCGGGAAUGUCGGGUCUGUUAUUUUCUUCCCCGCCGGAAUCUACCAAGUCCAGGGAACUGUUAAAGUCCCCGUAGGGUCUAAAAUCGUUGGCUCAAGCUGGAGCCAGAUCCGUGGCACGGGGCCGUACUUUUCAAAAGAGUCAGACCCAAGGGUCAUGGUGCAAGUUGGAAACGAUGGUGAUUCCGGUGUCAUUGAGAUUUCCGACAUGAUGUUCACCGUCAAGGGUGCCACAGCCGGAUGUAUACUCAUGGAAUGGAACGUUCAUGAAUCCGGCCGGGGUUCAGCUGCCAUGUGGGAUAGCCAUUUCCGGGUUGGCGGUGCAGCCGGGAGUGAUCUUCAACUCCAGGACUGCCCGUUGGGGUGGGCGACGGAAGCCAAGUGCAAGGCGGCGGCGAUGCUUAUGCAUGUCACGCAGACGGCGUCCGGUUACUUCGACAAUGUCUGGCUCUGGGUUGCAGACCACGACUUGGAUAGCCCAUUAAAUGCAGAUGCGGUCGAAGGCCCCGGCGGUAUUCCCAUGACUGCCCAAACUCAGAUCUCCAUCUAUGUCGGACGAGGUCUCCUUGUUGAGUCCCAGGGUCCGACUUGGUUCUACGGCACGUCUAGUGAGCAUUCUCAAAUGUACCAGUACGAGCUGCUUGGGGCAAAGAAUGUGUACAUGGGUCACUUGCAGACUGAGACUCCGUAUUAUCAACCUUAUCCCGAUGCUCUGAGGCCGUAUGAGCUUGGCGCCAUGGCGGGCGACCCUACAUUCAGUGACUGCAAUGACUCAUUAUGUCGUGGCGCCUGGGCUCUCCGGGUCAUCAACUCUACAGACGUGGUCAUUUAUUCUGCCGGCUUCUAUUCGUUCUUUCAAAACAAUUGGCUCGGCUGUGCAUUGAACGAGAACUGUCAAUUGGCCUUGAUGGAAACAAGUUACUCCGAAAGGCUUUGGGCAUACAACAUCUUUACCAAAGGAAAUGUACAAAUCGUCUCGCCGAGGGGAGGAUUGCCUCCCGUGCUAUUCGACGACACAACUAGAAACGGCUACACAAGCGAAAUCGCGGCUUGGCUGGAGCUCAGCCAAGGUGGUGGGAACAUAGGGGUCGAUGAUAUCUACCUUGACCUCAAGAUAUGGCAAGGUCCUUUGGCUACCGUAUCUUGCCGGCCACCUUGCACAUACAUUCUUCCACCAAUACCCCUACAGUCCCCAACGACCAUCAUGUUCCCGCCCUCUUCCACUUCUCUCGAAGUAGGCUGGUUUACGGACACCACAUAUAUCGGAGACGAUGGCCAAUACACGGCCACUGUCGAGUAUGUCGUCGUUACAGUGACGACGACUCUUACAAUCCCGAAUUUGGUGGUUUCAUCUCUUCCCGUCUCCAACGUUGCCAUACCACCGGGCGUGAAUUCAACAACAAUUUACGCCGAGACAAGUUUACUGCCGCCGCCGUUUGUCAUCACCGACGACAAGGGCCCAACCGGGAGAAUCGUCAACCGGACGAUUACUCCGAAGCCUUGGCCAUGGAGCAAUGGUCCCGCGUCCACCCAAACGACUUCGAAUAAUGCCCUACUGUUUGUUGUGCACACUUUCGGUCCGCCGGGUCCAGUCUGUACAGGCGGAUGUGGCAUUAAGUGCAAAAACUACUGCAAUUGGCCCUGUCAAGACGGUUGUAACGGAGGCGAAGACUGUAAAUACGGCGGCUGCACUCACGGCGGUGACUGCUCCGGCGAUGACUGCACCGGCGGUGGUGACUGCGAAUCCGACAAUUGUGACAGAGGCGGUGAUUGCCAUGGGUCGCACUGCCAACGUGGAGGUGGUUGCGUAGGUCCAUCUUGUCGUCGCCCCGGCAUAUGUCAUCCUUUUCCUUGCCCAGAGACUGGUGGUUGCGUUGGGCCACUGUGUGGCACGUUUGAGGAUGAUGAUCCGGAUAUCAAAGAUUUCCAAGAUCCCACUGAUCCAAACCAUGUCAGCGAGCGCGAGCCAGAUGAGUGUACCACCAAAACGUUUAGCACAUGCAGUACCCUCUGUCUAGCAAGCCCCGCGACAACUUGCUGGACUGCCUGCAGCACGGGGGUAGGAUGUGACGAGACAGACUCAUCCUGGCUAGCCACCGAGACUCCGGCGCCAGCAUAUGCCGUGGGAGUAUUAGAGCUGUGGCCGGAUAUCCCGUCUCCGGAUCCCGAAUUGCCGGCUGUGGCACAAAGCGUCAUCCAAGCGUUGAGCUUUUUGGGCGAUUUCGGCGAUUCCGGCACCUCUACUAUCCAGACGGCUGUGUCUUGCUACGAUCCCCGAGAUACUUGCUAUAAGACCGGCUACAGCACAAGAUGCGAAACAGUAGCACGAGUCGCUGGUCAUGUUGGCCCUCGUCAAGGUAUGGAGACGGGUCAAACGCCAAGUGCUACUCCGCGCCCAGUGUUGGUAAGGCCUGUUCAACGAGAUGAUGCCGAGAAUGGAAGCGAGAGCAGUACGAGCAUAGUAUCGUCGCCGUCCAGCCACGCACCGUCUCUAAGGAUUGAUGCUAGGCGGGCUCCAGGACGAUAUAUUCCCAUAAACUUUGACGGAAGUGGGAAUAUUAGCAGAGUGGUGUCGGUUUCUUCAAACAUCAGCCCGCUGCCCGCCAUGGACCUAUCACUCCCCGGCGAGUCAUGCACUGUAGAGCCCUUUUGCAUCUGUCAAGGGCCCUACACGACAUGUCUAUAUAUAUGGGUCGAAAAAGACCAUUACAUUGGAUCUGGUGUCUCUUUCAUUGUUCAGGUGAAAGAGAAUGAUCGACUGAUAUGCGAUGUUACAAUGGAGUGUGGAGACUGCGAUGGUGGACACGCCGAGUGUACGGACGGCAGUAGCAUCGAGUGGUUGAAUUAUGAAGCGCAGUAUUAUAGCAAAACGCAGGACUUUACAUUCGUUGUGCGGCUGAUUGAGGUUCAGCCCUCCGGUCAUCAUUGCGGGAGUCUCUUUGACUCUUGCUCCGAACGUUACUUCUUGUCAGAAGAUUACUGCAAGCCAAACGGACAUUCAUUCUGA